AUGUCAAGCGGUUGGGAUCUACGUCAACCCGCACCACCAGACCAAGCUCAACUUGAGGAAAUCGCCCACGAGUCUGACCAACAUAUUCAUAGACGUGAACUCACGGUCUUGUGUCGCUUCAGUAUUCCAAUUUGGUUAUGUCACUUGUUGGAAUUGAGUCUGAACGUUGUUUCGGUAUUCAGUCUUGGUCACCUUGGUACGAACGAGCUUGCUGCAGCAUCUUUGUCAUCAAUGACCGCAAAUGUGACCGGAUAUAGUAUCCUUGCAGGUUUCAUUUCUGCGUUGGACUCUAUUCUCCCUGGAGCAUACACUUCUCAACCCAAGAUGGUCGGUUUGUAUACGCAAAGAAUGCUGGUCAUUGUUGCAUAUUUGGUGGUGCCAAUAUCGGCAAUUUGGUUCAAUGCCGAGCGUCUCUUACUUCUCUUGGGACAAGAUCCAAUCGUCGCAAGCCUUGCAGGACAAUACUUGCGCAUUCUAGCGAUCGGCCUUCCAGGCUACGCAGGAUUUGAAGUUUGUCGUAGAUAUUUACAAGCACAAGGAUUGAUGCACGCUCCUACAAUUGUCUUACUUGUCGCCAGUCCCAUCAAUGCCAUGCUCAAUUGGCUGUUUGUUUGGGGUCCUCCAACAAUUCGAAUUGGUUUUAUUGGUGCUCCUUUGGCGUCUGUCAUUUCGAUGUGGCUCAUGUUCAUUCUGGGAUUGUUACAAUGUUACAUCGCACCACGUAUCGCAUGGGACGGAUGGUCAAGAUUAGCUUUUACCGGAUUGAAACCGAUCUUCCAAUUAGGAUUAGCAGGAACAUUUGCCAUGUGUGCGGAAUGGUGGUCAUGGGAAAUUGUUGGUUUAGUGACAAGUAAAUUGGGAACACUUGCACUGGCUGCUCAAUCUGUCUUAUUGGUUUGCUCUUCCAUCACAUAUCAACUUCCUUAUGCAAUGUCUAUCGCAGUGGCGGUGCGUGUUGGUAACCUGUUGGGCGCCUCUCAAGCAAGACAUGCAAAAAUUUGUUCGGACAUGGCUAUGUUUUUAUCUUUAGCAGCAGGUGUAGCAAAUUCGUUGUUCUAUCUGUCUAUUCGUGAUCGAUUAGGUGGACUUUUUUCGGAAGAUCAAAGGGUGAUCGAUUUGGUCACCGCUAUUUUACCCGUUAUGGCCGCUUUCCAAGUUAUGGACGGCGUUUGCGGAAUCACUUCGGGUAUUUUGCGAGGAACAGGCAGACAAAGCAAAGGGGCGGUGAUCAAUUUGACUGGAUAUUACGUGAUUGGAAUUCCUAUUGGAUUAGUGUUGACCUUUGGACCGCCUCAAUGGGGCUUAUCGGGUCUUUGGUGGGGAUUGACAAUCGCACUUACGUAUGCUUCCAUCUUUACCUAUUUGAUCAUCAAACGUACUGAUUGGGACGAGGAAGUACGCAAGACACACGAACGAAUGACUGUGGAUGAAACCAGCGGCGCCACAAAACAACACCCCGAAUCUCACGUUGAUAUUGGUAGGGAGGCAUAA